UUCAACCAAGGGCGACCUUGAGCAAGAUGGUCACGAGGGCGCUGCUACUACUCUCGCUGGUCCUCCUCGGUGCCUUCGACGCGCCCGGCAUCGAGAGAACCCACGUCCGGCACUUGGCGAUGGCCGGUAACGCCUGCAACGCAUGCAGGAUGCACGAGGAGCUCCGCGCGCUUAGUUUGGAAGCCAUCAAGGAGCAGAUUCUAAACAAACUCGGCCUGAAGCAGGCGCCGAAUAUGACGGGCCGGGCUCUGCCGAGGAUCCCGCCGAUCUCAAAGCUGAUGGACAUGUACGGGAUGCAGUCCGACCAGCCGCAGCCUCUCGAGCCUGGUAUCACACAUCACGAGGAGGUCGACGAAUACGCCGCAAAGACGGAAAGUGUCUUUGCCUUGGCACAGCCUCAUCAGAGGCUAAGGCACUCGAAGGGCAGCUUGGACGUGUUGUACUUCAAAUUCUCCGAUAAGGUCGUACAGCAUCGCGUCACCAGGGCAGAACUGUCCCUGUGGGUAUGGGGCGUGAAUCAGGAAGCGGCGGAGCUCGGCGAGCCGCUCAAUCUGGACGGUCAGGACACCGGUCCGGUGACGAUCACGUUGCAGAGGAUCCUACGGGGCGCGACCGAGACGGGCGGGCCCUUGCUGGGUCCACCUCUGACCACGAAACACCCUCGACCGUACGGCAGGCGGGGUGGCUGGAUUACGAUCGAGCUCAGACGAAUGGUGGCGGAGUGGUUCAAGCAUCCGAGGGACAAUCUGGGGGUCGCCCUGAAGAUCACCGGACCGGGCGGCAAUCAUCGCAGGAACUCCGUCCGACUGGUCGAGACCAAUCCCGGCGCGGAAUACGCCCCUUAUCUCGAGGUGCAGAUGCAGGAGCUCGACUCGCGAAGGGGCUCCAGGAUCAAGAGGAACGUGGGACUCAAUUGCGACGAGGCCAGCCAGGAGACCAGGUGUUGCCGGUACAAGCUGACGGUGGACUUUGAAAAGUUCGGCUGGGAUUGGAUAAUCGCACCCAAAAAAUACGAUGCCAAUUACUGCUCGGGCGACUGUCCGAUGGCUUUCCUUCCGGCCUAUCCGAACACGCAUAUCGUCAGCCUGGCGGAGCCGCCGAACAACACCGGGCCGUGCUGCGCACCUAGGAAGCUGUCCGAAAUCACAAUGUUGUAUUUUGACAACGAGUACCAGAUCGUGUUCUCGCGGUUGCCGGGCAUGGUCGUCGAGAAAUGCGGGUGCUCAUAGUCCACCUUCGCUUCCGGC